AUGGCGGCAGUUGCAUUCUGUCCGUCGCUGUACUCAAUCAAGUUAGACCGCGACGGUGUCGUUUACAACUCGGAGGACGUUGCUGGUGCGGGCUUUGAAAUUGUGCCUAAGAGCUCUGAAGAAGAAUCCGAUCACAGUCGCAACAUCUUAAGUGGCGGCGAGACAGUAAUCAAGACAGAAAAGAAGGACGUCACUUGGCUAGCUGCAAUUGCACGCGAUAGACUUGCCGCGCUGCCGACUAAGUGGGAAAAGGAUAAACAGCACAAGCGAAUAAUAAUAAAAGAGCAAUCCAUGAGACAGAUAGUGGUCAAAGCGAAGAUGCUAUCAGAAACGGGCAGCUAUGGUGACUGA